CAGCGUACAGGUGUGAAAAACCGAUUUAGUUGAAACCUCGUAGUGCGAGAUAUCAAGAUGAGGGAAAUUGUUUCUAUGCAGGCUGGACAGUGUGGAAACCAGAUAGGCGCAAAGUUUUGGGAGGUGAUAUCUGACGAACACGGCAUUGAUCCAACCGGCACAUACCACGGAGAUUCAGACCUUCAGUUAGAGAGAAUAAACGUGUACUACAAUGAGGCUACAGGAGGUAAAUAUGUUCCGAGAGCAAUCCUCAUUGACCUGGAGCCUGGAACAAUGGAUUCUGUUCGUUCUGGACCAUUUGGUCAGCUAUUUCGUCCUGACAAUUUUGUUUUUGGUCAGAGUGGAGCAGGAAACAACUGGGCCAAGGGCCAUUACACAGAAGGGGCAGAGCUCAUUGACUCGGCGCUUGAUGUCGUUCGAAAAGAGGCCGAAGGCUGCGACUGUAUACAGGGGUUCCAGCUAACCCACUCUCUAGGGGGCGGUACAGGAGCGGGCAUGGGGACUCUCCUGAUAAGUAAAAUCAGGGAAGAAUACCCUGAUAGGAUUAUGAACACGUUUUCCGUGGUGCCAUCGCCAAAGGUUUCCGACACGGUGGUGGAACCGUACAACGCCACGCUCUCCGUGCACCAGCUGGUGGAGAACACAGACGAGACCUACUGCAUCGACAACGAGGCUCUGUACGACAUCUGCUUCCGGACGCUGAAGCUGACGACGCCGACGUACGGAGAUCUGAACCACCUCAUCUCCGCCACCAUGAGCGGUGUCACCACCUGUCUCAGAUUCCCAGGCCAGCUGAACGCAGAUCUGAGAAAGAUAGCUGUCAACAUGGUGCCUUUCCCACGUCUGCACUUCUUCAUGCCAGGUUUCGCGCCCCUGACGUCACGUGGCAGCCAACAAUAUCGCGCGCUUACGGUACCGGAACUGACGCAGCAGCUAUUUGACGCCAAAAACAUGAUGGCUGCUUGCGACCCCAGACAUGGACGAUAUUUGACAGUUAGCGCCCUCUUCAGGGGAAGAAUGUCAAUGAAAGAGGUGGACGAGCAGAUGCUGAACGUCCAGAACAAGAACAGCAGCUACUUCGUCGAGUGGAUCCCCAACAACGUGAAGACGGCCGUCUGCGACAUCCCACCACGCGGACUCAAGAUGUCAGCCACGUUUGUCGGCAACACCACCGCCAUCCAGGAGCUGUUCAAGCGGAUUUCGGAACAGUUCACAGCCAUGUUUCGACGUAAAGCUUUCCUGCACUGGUACACUGGCGAGGGUAUGGAUGAGAUGGAGUUCACUGAGGCAGAGUCCAACAUGAACGAUCUCGUGUCAGAGUACCAGCAGUACCAGGACGCCACCGCUGAGGAGGAGGGGGAGUUUGACGAGGAAGAGGAGGAGGAUGGAGAGAAACCCAACUAACCCCUCCCCAGUGACAUUUAUAGAUCCGCCCACUUCAUUUAUUUAUAGAAUUUUCCAGUGUCACCAUUUUCAGUCAUAUGACAAGUCCGUCCAAUUAUUUAAGACGUUAUUUAUAGAAAUGUCCAAACAAUGUCGACAUUCAAAUAGUUGCGUUAACAUGACCAUUUCCAUAUGCUAUAUAUUAAGAUUCAAGUAUACUAACCCUGGGCCUAAUUUCUGACUGGCCAGAACCCGAGUUCAGGAGAGGAAUUCCUCCACUUCAUUUAGGAACUAUUUAUAGAAAUUUUCGAACUAUCAUUUUUCUUAUUCAGAUGAGAUUUUCAUCGCUAUUUAUAAAAACAUUCUAAUAGUCUCAUAAUUUUUAUAGUCACUUUACACUUCCGUCCACUUCUUUUUAUGCAUGUAUUAUUUUUAGAAAUGUCCAUUUGAACGUACACGUGGAUUUAUAGAAUGUUCUAAAAAAUAUAGUUAUUCUCAUAUUCAUAUGCCAAAUUCUCUAUUUAUUGAAAUUUCCUAAAGGAUGUCAUCGUUCUGUGUCACAUGUCAAUCUUUAUGUGAUCAUUCCGUCCUUCAUUUACUGAAAUGUUUAUUUCCCCAUUAUCUUUGUUACAUAAUAAAUACUUGUGUUUUCAAUUCAGUUGCAACCCUAAUCUAUAGUAUUUUCAUUUGCCUGUUCACUUGAAUCUAAGCAGAUUGUUUUUCUCAUUCCACAUUAGAGCUUUAAUACAUUUUUCAAUUGACAGAAAUAUUUCAGAGUUAGAAAUAAAUGAAUGUUGUAGGAUAUAUGUUUCUAUUUAUAUAUACAUUAAAUGCCUUUAUUUUUAAUCAAUUAUGUCUUUGUUUCUGAAAUAUUUUAACAUUGUUUGUUUGUAGAGAUGUUACAUGUUUUUCAAUAACGCGAACAACCAUUAUCAAAACCAUCAGCAAGAAACAAUUUUGUACACACGUUUGGCGAUACCCGGUAUUAAAGGGACAUUCCUGAGUUUGCUGCAUUGUAAGAUGUUUCCCACUAAUAAAAUAGUUCUACGAUUAAACUUACAUAUUAAAUAUAUUUUCUGGUUUAGAAUAUCAGUGU